AAAAGCCAAUUUAAAUUAAAAAAAUCUGAUUUUUUUUAAAUUGUUGAUUUUUAUCGACCCUGAGAGAUUCUAACAUUGCUUUUCAGGAAUUGCAAAAGUCAAUCUCUUUCCCUUCUUAUGAAAAGCCGAUAAACAGUUGGGCAUCACUUAAACAGGCAAAUGUUGAAAACAGUUUUGCUAACUCAUUGCUAAUGUAUUGCACCAAAGUUUCAGUGUUGGCUUUGAAAACCUUGAAAUGCCAGUGUCUUUUUCGUUUUGUGGGGAGACUGGUGCACUUCUUUUAAAGAUAGCUUGGACACAGAAAUGAUUGCUUGUUUGUUGUUGUUUGGACAUGCAGUAGUAUCUGUUUUCAACACUGAAAGCCCCCUGGGAUGUUGUGUUGAAUAACUAGCUCACUCAAGAUACAUGUUUUGGAUGAAUUAUAGAAAUACAAAAAUCUUUGAAAGUAUGACUAUAUCUAAGGAAAUGUCUGGAAAAUGUCUCCAGACGUUGCUGUCCUGGAGAGGAUUUAUAACUCUUCAUAGCAAGAAUAAAGUAUCAGGUAGAAAUGAUUUUUCACACAGAUGGAAGAUGAGUAUCAUUAAUUACUGCAUGUUUCUUUGUUAUUUUUAUAGUGGUUGGCUUGGUCCUAUUUAUUCAAAUAUAUAAUUGCAUUAUAUUUUUUGUCCUAUGUUCUGGGCUUUGUAUAUUUCUUGUCAUGCAAAAUGUAGAAUACAGAACUCAAAGAUUUAGGCUAGGACUUUUGAAGGAACCUAAGGGAAUUAGUCAUCCUUGGCAUCCAGCUGAAAGGAUGUAAAACAAGGACCAAAAUGUUCUUGUUCUGUCUGAAGUGUAAUGGUGAAGUGUGCUGUGUCUUUUUGCAUUUUAAAUUGGCCUAUCCAAAAGCUAGAUAGUCGUUUUUUUUUCUGCAUACCAUACAAAUGAAUAUCCCCAGACUAGCAAAACUCUGCUGCCUGCAGAGCUAUUCAGGAUGUAGAAAUGUCAUUGUUCUAACUGAAAACUCUCAGACUGAACUAAUAGGUAUACAAUAGAAGCUCAGAGUUAUGAACACCAGAGUUAUGAACUGUCUGGUCAACCACACACCUCAUUUGGAACAGGAAGUACUCAAUCAGGCACUAGCAGAGACAAAAAGAAAAAGGAGGAGCGGAGGGUGAAAGCCAAUGAUCCUGAACAUAAUGAAAAAUUUCAGUAUGCUAACAAUCGCAUUAAAACGUCUAAAUACAACAUUCUUACUUUCUUGCCAGUUAAUUUAUUUGAACAGUUCCAGAGGGUUGCAAAUGCUUACUUCCUUUCCCUUCUGAUUUUACAGCUGAUCCCAGAAAUAUCCUCCUUGUCUUGGUUUACUACCAUUGUGCCUUUAAUGAUGGUAUUUACCAUUACUGCUGUCAAAGAUGCCACAGAUGACUGUUUUCGCCAUAAGAGUGAUAACCAGGUGAACAAUCGACAGGCUGAAGUACUCAUUGAUGGCAGAUUACAGAAUGAAAAAUGGAUGAAUGUAAGACCCGGUGACGUCAUUAAACUGGAGAAUAAUACAUUUGUAGCUGCUGAUGUAUUACUUCUAUCUAGUAGUGAACCACAUGGUCUCUGUUACAUUGAAACAGCUGAGCUUGAUGGUGAGACUAACCUAAAAGUACGUCAGGCUUUACCAGAUACUUCAGAACUUGGAGCAGAUAUUAGAAGGCUUGCAGAAUUUGAUGGUGUUGUUGUCUGUGAACCUCCUAACAACAAGCUGGAUACAUUCACAGGAGUUCUUUUCUGGAAAGAUAAUAGGUACUCGCUCAAUAAUGAAAAGAUGCUGCUACGAGGUUGUGUGUUGAGAAACACAGAGUGGUGCUUUGGAAUGGUUAUUUUUGCAGGCCCUGACACUAAAUUAAUGCAAAACAGUGGUAGAACUAAAUUUAAAAGAACAAGCAUUGACCGGCUGAUGAAUACUUUAGUAUUAUGGAUCUUCGGCUUUUUGGUAUGUGUGGGAAUAAUUCUGGCAAUAGGAAAUUCAAUAUGGGAACAUCAGGUUGGGACCCGUUUCAGAAUUUACCUUUAUUGGAAUGAAGUGGUGAACAGUUCUGUAUUUUCAGGAUUUCUCACAUUUUGGUCGUACAUUAUCAUACUCAAUUCAGUUGUGCCCAUUUCCUUGUAUGUGAGUGUGGAAGUGAUUCGACUUGGACACAGCUACUUUAUAAAUUGGGAUCGUAAAAUGUAUUACCCCAAAAAAGAUACACCGGCUGAGGUUCGGACUACCACGCUCAAUGAAGAAUUAGGACAAAUUGAAUAUAUUUUCUCAGACAAAACAGGAACAAUCACUCAAAACAUAAUGACUUUUAACAAAUGUUCCAUUAAUGGAAAAACAUAUGGUGAUGUAUAUGAUGACUUUGGCCGGAAAACAGAAAUUAAUGAGAAAACAGUGCCAGUGGAUUUUUCAUUUAACCCACUAGCAGAUAGAAAAUUUCAAUUUUAUGAUCAGAGCCUGAUUAAAUCCAUUAAACGAGGAGAUGCAAUGGUACAUGAGUUCUUUAGGUUGCUUUCCCUCUGCCAUACAGUCAUGCCUGAAGAAAAAAAUGCAGGUGAAUUGAUUUACCAGGUGCAGUCGCCAGAUGAAGGUGCUCUAGUAACCGCUGCCAGAAACUUCGGUUUCAUCUUUAAGUCCCGGACCCCAGAGACCAUCACUGUGGAAGAAAUGGGCAAACUUGUUACAUACCAGCUCUUAGCAAUUCUGGAUUUUAACAAUAUCAGGAAAAGGAUGUCUGUAAUAGUUCAAAGCCCAGAUGGGCAGAUAAAACUAUAUUGCAAAGGAGCAGAUACUAUUUUAUUUGAGAGGCUUCAUCCCUCCAAUGAAGAAUUAAUGUCUUUGACAUCAGAUCAUCUUGAGGAGUUUGCUGGAGAAGGCCUUCGGACCUUAGCCCUUGCAUACAAAAACUUGACUGAAGAGCACUUUAAAGAGUGGUCUAAAAUACUUCAGGAGGCAAACACUUCACUGGAUAGCAGGAACGAAUAUCUUGCUGCAGCAUAUGAAGAGAUUGAAAAAGACAUGAUGUUACUAGGUGCCACUGCUAUAGAAGACAAGUUACAAGAAGGAGUUACAGAAACAAUUGCCAGCUUAUCACUAGCUAACAUUAAGAUCUGGGUUCUAACAGGAGACAAGCAAGAAACUGCCAUGAACAUUGGUUACUCCUGCAACAUGCUCACUGACACCAUGAAUGAGAUUUUCAUAGUGGCUGGUCACACUGUAAUGGAAGUGCGUGAAGAACUCAGGAAAGCGAAAGAACAUUUGUUUGGACAAAACAAAGACCUUUCCAAUGGCCAUGUAUUUUGUGAAAAAAUGCAAGAAUCAAAGCAGGGCUCAGUCUUGGAAGAAACUGUCACUGGUGAUUAUGCAUUAGUCAUAAAUGGACAUAGUCUGGCUCAUGCACUUGAGGCUAAUCUGGAGAAUGAAUUUGUGGACGUUGCCUGCUUGUGUAAAACCGUGAUUUGUUGUCGAGUGACUCCCUUACAAAAAGCACAAGUGGUAGAGCUGGUUAAGAAGCACAGGAAGGCAGUCACCUUGGCCAUAGGAGAUGGAGCCAAUGACAUUAGUAUGAUCAAAAGCGCACACAUAGGCAUUGGCAUCAGUGGUGAGGAAGGAAUGCAAGCAGUCUUGGCCAGCGAUUACUCCUUUGCCCAGUUCAGAUACCUUAAGCGGCUCCUGCUUGUUCAUGGCAGGUGGUCCUAUUUCAGAAUGUGCAAGUUCUUGUGUUAUUUCUUCUACAAAAACUUUGCCUUCACUCUGGUGCAUUUCUGGUUUGGCUUCUUCUGUGGCUUCUCAGCUCAGACAGUUUAUGACCAGUGGUUUAUUACCCUCUUCAACAUUGUCUAUACUUCGCUGCCUGUACUAGCUAUGGGUUUGUUCGACCAGGAUGUGAAUGAGCAGAAUAGCAUGGAUUAUGCAAAACUCUAUGAACCUGGGCAACUAAAUCUACUCUUCAAUAAACGCAAAUUUUUCAUCUGCAUAGCACAUGGAAUCUACACCUCUUUUACCCUUUUCUUCAUCCCUUAUGGAGCAUUUUAUUACACAGCUGGUGAAGAUGGAAAACAUAUUGCUGACUACCAGUCUUUUGCUAUCACAGUUGCAACAUCUUUAGUAAUUGUAGUCAGUGUUCAGAUAGUCUUGGAUACCAGUUAUUGGACUGCCAUCAAUCGUUUUUUCAUCUUGGGUAGUAUAGCUGUGUAUUUUGCUAUUUUAUUUGCAAUGCACAGUGAUGGGAUUUUUGUUAUAUUCCCAAACCACUUUCCUUUUGUAGGAAAUUCCCGAAAUUCCCUGGGCCAGAUAAGUGUUUGGCUUGUCAUCCUCUUGACUACUGUGGUUUCAGUCAUGCCUGUAAUAACAUUCCGAUUUUUGAAGGAAGAUUUAAAUCCAACGCAAACUGAUCAGGUUCGGAAGUUGCAGAAGGCUAGAAGGAAGCAGAAACCAUUACAGAACUACAUGCGUCGGGUGUACAGAACAAACUCAAGAAGAUCUGCAUAUGCUUUUUCUCAUCAAGAGGGCUUUGGGAAACUUAUAACAUCUGGAAAGAAUAUGUGAGUCAAUAAUUCACAUCAAACAUCAGAGUUAGCUAGGACCAUGCAUAAUAGUAUCAGUUGGAUCGAGAAUUUAUGUAAGAAAACAGCAGAAACAGUGAACAGCUUCAGUAGUAACAGAACUGUGAGUCAAAGAAGAAAACAAAAGUUUAUUUUAAAAAACUGUGGCCAUAUCUUUUCACUGUUUGCCACUUUGUAAACAUUAAGCAUGAAAUUUCCACGUGUGCUGAGUACUGUAGCGGAAGUGUCUAACCCACAAUAUUUUACAGCAUGUUCAAGAAUGUUGUCAACACACAAUAUUUUCAAAGGGAUCUCUUAGUUUUUUUUCUUUUUUCUUUUUUCUGAAAAGCAUUUACCAUACCAAAACAAUGUGUGCAGCUGCUUCAAGAGGUUGGACUAUCCAUGAGAAUAUUGAUAAGAAAUUUCCCUCCAAGUUAAGGGAAAAUGCAGUAUUCAAAUAUUUGAAUUAGUAAUAUAUUCCAGUAUAAUUAUUUCAUACUGCUUGUACUUAUUUAAACAAUGUAAAAGUUUCGAAGUCAAAUGAUUUCAGGGUGUAUAUUUUUAAAUAUUUGAAAUUAAGUUUUUAAAUUGUUUAUAAAUUGAAACCAAAAAUAAAAUACUGUGUAAUAUAUACAA